AUGUUACAGCAGUUUUGUGUCUGGAAAUGUUUAACUGUAGGGAUUGCCGUUGCUACUAUCUUAGCAGGUUGUUUGGCCCAGAAUGAUGAAGAUUGCAAAUUGGCCAGAACAGGUCCUCCAGCCACAAUAGUUCCUAUUGAUGAAGAAAGUCGGAAUGGCACUAUCCUGGUUGACAAUAUGCUGAUCAAAGGGACUGCAGGAGGGUCAGAUCCCACCAUUGAACUCUCCUUAAAGGAUAACGUAGGUUACUGGGUGAUCCUUGAUCCUAUCAGCCAGAGGUUAUACCUAAAUAGCACUGGCCGAAUCUUGGACAGAGAUCCACCAAUGUCCAUUCAAUCCAUUGUGGUGCAAGUCCAGUGUGUUAACAAAAAGGUUGGCACCAUUAUCAACCAUGAAGUACGGAUUGUGGUGAGAGACAGGAACGAUAAUUCGCCUCGGUUCCAGCAGCAGCGAUACUAUGUGGCAGUAAAUGAGUUAACUCCCGUUGGAACAACCAUCUUUACAGGAUUUUCUGGAAACAAUGGUGCUACUGACAUUGAUGAUGGUCCAAAUGGCCAGAUAGAAUAUGUCAUCCAGUACAAUCCUAAUGACAAGACUUCCAACAGGACUUUUGAUAUUCCUCUCACUUUGUCUGGAGCAGUAGUUCUACGGGAAAGACUAAAUUAUGAAGAAAAGACUCGUUAUUUUGUCAUUGUUCAGGCAAAUGACCGAGCCCAGAAUCUUAAUGAGCGCAGGACAAGUUCAACCACCCUGACAGUAGAUGUGCUCGAUGGUGACGAUUUAGGACCAAUGUUUCUUCCUUGUGUCUUGGUGAAUAAUACUCGUGACUGUAGACCUCUCACCUACCAAGCGAGCUUGCCAGAACUGACUGAUCCUGCACAUGUGAAUCCCAUCAGCGUCACGCCACCCAUACAAGCCAUAGAUCAGGACCGAAACAUCCAGCCUCCUUCUGAUCGACCGGGCAUCCUCUAUUCCAUCCUAGUUGGUACUCCUGAGGAUUAUCCACAGUAUUUCCAUAUGAAUCUCACAACAGCUGUACUCACACUCCUAAAGCCAAUAAAUAGGGAUUUACACCAGAAGUUUGACUUGGUUAUUAAGGCUGAACAAGACAACGGCCAUCCUCUUCCUGCCUUUGCCAAUCUGCAUAUUGAAGUCCUUGAUGAGAACAAUCAGAAGCCGUAUUUCACAAGAUCUACGUACAAUGGCUUCAUCCUCGAAUCCUCUCCCGUGGGAACAACCAUCUCUGAUAACCAGAAUCUGACUUCUCCUCUACAAAUCAUGGCGUUGGACAAUGAUGUGGAGGAGACCAAGGAUCCACAGCUCCAUCUCUUUCUGAAUGACUACAAUACGUUUUUCACUGUGACUCCGAGUGGCAUCACCCGCUACCUCACCCUGCUGCAGCCUGUUGACAGAGAAGUCCAGCAGCUUUAUACCUUCUCGAUGACAGCUUCUGAUGGUGUACAGGAGAGUAUCCCAGUGACAGUCAAUAUCGUGGUGCUUGAUGCAAAUGAUAAUUCCCCGACCUUCUCCAAUAUAUCAUACAAUGUCAAGAUUUAUACAGAUAUGAGGCCUGGGGAAGGCAUUAUAAAGCUCACUGCUGUAGAUGCCGACGAGGGACCCAAUGGACAGAUAGUAUAUGAAAUUUUGGCUGGGGAUCAGGGAGACUUCAUCAUCAAUGACCGAACAGGCCUUAUCACCAUUGCUUCAGGAGUUGUAUUGUCUGUGGGGCAAUCCUAUGCUCUCACUGUCAAAGCAUCUGAUAGUGCUCCUCCUGCGCAGAGAAGGAGCUCUGUUACUACUGUUUACAUUGAGGUCCUUCCGCCCAACAACCAGAGCCCUCCCCGCUUUCCCCAGCUGAUGUACAGCCUUGAAGUCAGCGAGGCCAUGAGAAUUGGAGCCAUUUUGUUAAACCUGCAGGCUUUUGAUAGAGAGGGUGACCCUAUAAGAUACCUCAUUCAGAAUGGAGAUCCUCAACAAGUUUUUAAUCUCUCUCAAAGUGCUGGACUGCUAGCCUUAGGAAAGCCCUUGGACAGAGAAAGCACUGAUCGCUAUAUUCUGAUUGUUACAGCCUCGGAUGGCAGACCAGAUGGGACCUCAACUGCUACUGUUAACAUAGUGGUGACGGAUGUAAAUGACAAUGGACCAGUUUUUGAUAUGUUUCUACCUAAAAACCUAUCUGUACAGGAAGAGGAAGCCAAUGCUUUUGUUGGUCAAGUAAGGGCUACAGACCCAGAUGCUGGUAUUAAUGGUCAAGUUCAUUACAGUCUGGCAAACUUCAACAGUCUUUUCCGAAUCACAUCAAAUGGCAGCAUUUAUACAGCAGUUAAACUGAACAGAGAAGUAAGGGACUAUUAUGAACUUAUUGUUGAAGCAACAGAUGGAGCUGUGGACCCCCGCCGUUCAACACUAACUUUAGCAAUCAAGGUACUGGAUAUUGAUGACAACAGCCCUGUUUUUACUAAUGCUUCCUACACUGUCUGCGUGCCAGAAAAUCUACCACCAGGCACUGUCUUCCUGCAAAUAGAGGCAAAGGAUGUUGAUCUUGGUUCUGAUGUUAACUAUCGAAUUCGGACACAGGAAGCACUACAGUAUUUUGCACUGAACAAAUAUACAGGCGAGUUAUCACUUUUGAAGUUCUUGGAUUAUGAAUCAUUCUCUGACACAGAAGCAACCUUCACCUUUCUUGUGGAAGCCUUCGAUAGCAAGGGCACUAUGCCUCCUGGUCUCGCUACUGUCACAGUGAGAGUAAAGGAUAUGAAUGAUUAUUCACCAGUAUUUAGCAAAACGCUCUACAGGGGAAUGGUUGCUCCUGAUGCAGUCAAGGGCACCGUUAUCACUACUGUUUCAGCUGAGGAUCAAGAUCCUCUGGGCACGCCAGCAAGUCGAGUCCGAUACAAAGUAGAUGUUGUCCAGUUUCCUUACAGUGCCAGCAUUUUUGAUGUUGAGGAAGACUCAGGACGUGUAGUAACCCGAGUCAACUUAAAUGAAGAGCCAAGUACAGUGUUUAAGCUAGUGGUCAUUGCCUAUGAUGAUGGGGAUCCUGUGAAGUUCAACACCACUACCGUAGAAAUUGCUGUACUGCAGCCUUCAGUAAUUCCACGGUUUACACAGGAUGAAUAUAGACCUCCACCAGUGAGUGAAAGUGCACCAAAAGGAACUGUGGUCGCAGUUGUUACGGCAGCUGCCUUGAACCAGACAAUUGUAUAUUCGAUUGUUUCAGGAAAUGAAGAGGAUGUGUUUGCUAUUAAUAACAGAACAGGCGUGAUCUCAAUUAAAAAGUCUCUGGAUUAUGAAAGCAUGAAAAGUUAUGAGCUUCGAGUUCAAGCAGACUCCUUGCAAGUGGUACGAUCCAAUCUGCGUGUCCCUUCCAAAAGUAAUAUAGCCAAGGUGUUUAUUGAAGUAAAGGAUGAAAAUGACCAUGUGCCUGUCUUCACCAAAAAAAUGUACAUUGGAGGAGUGUCUGAAGAUGCCAAAAUGUUUUCUUCUGUGCUUAAAGUUAAGGCUGAUGAUAUAGACACUGGGAAUUACAGUGCCAUGCAGUACAGACUCAUCAUUCCUCCAAUCAAGGAUGGUAAAGAAGGUUUUGUGAUUGAAGCUUACACAGGGCUAAUAAAAACUGCUAUGCUGUUCAAAAAUAUGAGAAGAUCCUAUUUCAAGUUUCAGGUCAUUGCAACUGACAAUUAUGGAAAAGGACUGAGCAGCAAAGCAGAAGUACUUGUCUCUGUGGUCAAUCAGUUGGAUAUGCAAGUCAUCGUCUCUAAUGUUCCUCCCACCCUUGUGGAACAAAACAAAGAUCAACUCAUAGGGAUUUUGGAACGCUAUGUCCAAGAUCAGAUUCCCAGUGCAACAGUUGUGGUGGAAUCCAUUGGUGCUCGAAGGUUUGGGGAUGGAUACUCUGAAGAGGAUUACACCAAGUCUGACCUCAUGGUCUACGCAAUCGACCCACAAACAAAUAGAGCUAUAAUGAGGAAUGAACUUUUUAAGUUCCUGGAUGGCAAACUGCUGGAUAUCAAUAAAGAGUUUCAGCCGUACCUGGGGCAGGGGGGGCGCAUUCUGGAGAUCCGCACCCCAGACGUGGUAGCGAAUGUCAAGAAGCAGGCACAAGCAGUAGGCUACACGGAAGGCGCGUUACUUGCUCUGGCCGUCAUAAUCAUCCUUUGCUGUAUGCCAGCUAUUUUAAUAGUUAUGGUCAGCUACAGACAGCGACAGGCUGAAUGUGCAAAGACUGCGAGAAUCCAGAUGGCUUUACCAGCAGGCAAACCAGCAAGCACAGCUGCCAAUAAUCUCUAUGAAGAGCUUGGUGACAGCACCAUUCUUUUUCUUCUCUACCAUUUCCAACAAAGCAGGGGAAAAAAGUCAGUCUUAGAAGAAGGAGACCGUCAGAGAGUUAUAAGCAGCUUUGCUUCCCGUGCUAUUGAGGCUCACAAGCAAUCUAAUAUCAAUGGAUCACUGAACAAUAAUCUCCCCAAAUCUUCAAGUAACAUUACUUUUUUAUCUGAUGAGAACCCAUUAACAACUCAAAACCCAUUAUAUGUGGAAGGUGUCGCUCAAAGUCCCACUGCUGCUGGGUUUCUACGGAAAAGAAACGAUACUCUAGAUACUCUUUCUCCUUCAAGAUUAGUCUUGAGAGAUGCCUCUUUGAGAGGCAGUCACCGUGCAUGGACGGUACCAACUCACGUUACUAAGAGACACACUCCUGGUUCGCUGAGUAGGCCAGUUAUUAUGGACCCCAUUCAGUGGCAACAGGAGAGACUCAAAGCAGAGAAUGAAGGAAGUGAAAAUCAACAUAGCAGUGUUGAUAUUAGCAGUCCACUAUUUCAAAAAAUAAGUGGCCCCAAGUUAACUGUAAAAGAGAAGGCAAGACAGUUUGAGCAGCAGGCUUUGCAGGAAAUGAAGCAAGUGAAAUCUCCUGAUGUGAAAUCCAUCCGAUCGCCAACACACAGCACCUGUUUCCAAGAAGGAGAGAAUGUGGUAGAGCAGUCUUCUAAAAGUGUGGUUGCUUCUCCUUGCCUUCGCUCUUCUCCUCUGUCCUCUCCGACACCUUGUGCUGAAGUAGUUGAACCAGAGGCCUCCACGGUCCCCUCUGUAAUCAUCACUCACCACGACUAUCCUGAAGAACUUUCUCCUCCACCAACUCGCAAACCAACUCCUCCGUCUUUCAGGAUAAAGAAACCAGUUUGCCAAAGUUUUCUAGCUCCUCAGACCAAAGAAGUUAUAGAAAGCAUUCCAGAUCCGCCUAAAAUUCCCCCACCCCCACCUCCACUGCUGCCGCCUCCACCUCCACCACAACCUCCAUCCCCUCCUCUGUUGCCACCACAUCCUCCACCUCUGCCUACAGUUUCUCUUUCUUCUUCUUCAUCUCCUCUUAGCACCCAGCACCUCUCCCCUGCCAAGUAUUCAAAAUCCCCUGCCAAACAGCCAGCUGUACCACCACCGGCCACAGUGCCAGAGCUGCCUCCUCGUAGGGAGCUGAAAGGUAUUCUUAAAAACAUUCAGAAUUUAGCGGCGAUCGAAAAGUCUGUGGCCAACAUGUACAGCCAAAUAGACAAAAACCACGUUCUGCCCAAGCACGUUUCUAAGCUCAAAUCGGUUGCAACACCAGAGCUGCCAACUCCAGAAGCUGUGGCUGAGCACAACCAGCAGAAUGGCAACUUGAGCUGUGUUGUAGAGGAGCUUGAGAAACGCUUUCCGUCUCAGUCGACAGCACUGUAAUAUUUAUGCUUGGAUGUUUUCUGCAUGUAACAUUUUGAGUGAGAUGACUCUAAUGCAGCACAUGGUAUCUGCCUCAGACUCUAUAGAAAUUCAG